UAGAACAACCACCUUAUAUUCAUAUAGAUAGAGAUAUUUGCGAUCGAGAGAGGAAACAAGAAGAAUUUGUAGAGAGAGAAAACAAGAAGAAAGAGAAAAGAUGUACGGGUUCACGAGCGUGAGCUCGAAGGGGGACAUAGAGGAGGGGACUCUGUACCCAGGUCUUGGCUAUGGCGAGAACCAGUUGCGAUGGGGUUUCAUACGCAAGGUCUACGGCAUUCUCUCCGCCCAGAUCCUCCUCACCACCGUCGUCUCCUCCGUCACCGUUCUCUACUCUCCCGUCAAUGAACUCCUCAGAGGAAACCCUGGCCUUUUGCUUUUCUUCAUGUUCUUACCCUUCAUCCUGUUGUGGCCCAUGUAUGUGUAUCAGCAAAAACAUCCACUGAACUUGAUUUUCCUUGGACUCUUUACUGUGUGUCUGAGUCUCACCGUUGGCGUAAGCUGUGCUAAUACAGAUGGAAAAAUUGUGCUUGAAGCCUUGAUUUUAACAUCAGCAGUGGCUUCAUCCCUUACCGCCUACACUUUCUGGGCUUCUAAAAGGGGCAAGGACUUCAGCUAUCUUGGACCAAUUCUGUUCACCAGCCUUAUUGUCCUCCUCUUAACCGGUUUUAUACAGAUGUUCUUCCCGCUUGGGUCUACCUCUGUUGCUAUAUAUGGUGGACUCAGUGCUAUAGUUUUCUCAGCGUACAUCGUUUAUGACACGGAUAACCUGAUCAAGCGAUUCACAUAUGACGAGUACAUUUGGGCAUCAGUCACUCUCUAUCUGGAUCUUCUGAACCUGUUCCUUUCCAUUCUGCGAGUGCUCAGGCAGUCAGACAGUUAGUUCUAUGGUGCACUCUACCUACCUGCGGUUUGCCUGAAACUAUCAUUCGGUUAAUAUGACGUUUUUCCAUAACUAAACACCUCUGUGGAUAUGAUAUGCAUCUCUCCCUUUGCACUCAUAUAUUACUGUUGAACAAUACGUUUGUGAUUUUAAGUCUUGCACAUCUAACACUUGAGUGGCUGUUUUUGCGGUUGCUUGCCUAUGUUAAUGUUGAAUGAAUUUUCUUUUUCA